AUGGUCCCCGACCUGCAGACCGCCGGAUCCUUCAAGAAGCAGGAGGGUCCCCUGUACCCGGAGUACUACAGCAUGUCCAAGAUGAUGACUGGCACCAAGGCGGGCCUCCUGCACCAGGGCAUCUUCAACGUCUCCCCGUACAACUACCUCGAGGGCUCGAUCAAGGUGCCGAGUUUCGUCAAGCCGCUCCUCAUCCUCGGAAGGGAGAACAUUAGCCGUGCCAUCAAUGGUGAUCUUGUCGUUGUCGAGGUGCUGCCGAAGGAGCAGUGGAAGGAGCCUUCGACCAAGAUCAUCGAGGAGGAAACCAUCACGAGAAACGAAAACGCCGACAAUGAGGGAGGAUCCGAUCUCGUCUCGGCACGCGAGCGCAAGGCGCUGCAGGAAGAGGUCAUGAAGACGCAGAGCCACAGCACCGAGGGCCGUCCUCAGCCGACAGCAAAGGUUGUCGGCGUCAUCAAGCGCAACUGGCGACAAUACGUCGGCCAUAUUGACCCCUCCUCCACCAGUCAGAGCGGCACCCAGGGCCGCCGUCAGGAGAACGUUUUCCUCAUCCCGAUGGACAAGUGCAUCCCCAAGAUUCGGAUACGCACGAGGCAGGCUGCGGAGCUCCUCGGCAAGCGACUCGUUGUCACGAUUGAUGGUUGGGAGCGCGACUCGCGACACCCCGUGGGCCAUUUCGUGCGGUCCCUCGGAGAGCUUGAGACGAAGCAGGCCGAGACGGAGGCACUUCUGCUAGAGUACGAUGUGCAGUACAGACCUUUCCCCAAGACGGUGCUGGACUGUCUGCCAAAGGAGGGCCACGAUUGGAGGGUGCCGACGAGCCUGGACGACCCCGGCUGGAGGGAUCGCGAGGAUCUUCGGUCUCUGCUCAUCUGCAGUAUCGACCCCAUCGGAUGCCAGGAUAUUGACGAUGCACUUCACGCGAGGAGUCUGCCCAACGGAAACUACGAGGUUGGCGUCCACAUUGCCGACGUGUCCAACUUUGUCAAGCCCUUAACGGCCAUGGACAACGAGGCGAGCAUCCGCGGCACAUCAGUCUACCUGGUGGACAAGCGCAUCGACAUGUUGCCAAUGCUUCUCGGAACAGACCUGUGCUCACUCAAUCCUUAUAUCGAGCGUUUCGCGUUUUCCGUCAUCUGGGAGCUCAACGAGAACGCUGACAUUGUCAAUGUUCGCUUCACAAAGUCUGUCAUCAAGUCAAGAGAGGCUCUCAGCUACGAACAAGCGCAGCUGAGAGUGGACGAUGCCUCGCAGACGGACGAUCUCACCCAGGGCAUUCGGAUGCUGAUGAAGUUGUCGAGAAAGCUCAAGCAGAAGCGUAUGGAUGCCGGCGCCCUCAGCCUGUCGUCGCCUGAGGUCAAGGUGCAGAUGGAGUCGGAGACAUCUGACCCAAUCGACGUCAAGACCAAGGAGCUUCUGGAUACCAUGUCACUGGUCGAGGAGUUCAUGUUGUUUGCCAAUGUCAGCGUCGCGGCCAAGAUUUAUGAGGCAUUCCCGCAGACGGCCAUUCUCCGCCGACACGGCGCGCCGCCCAAGACCAACUUUGACGAGCUCGCCAACCAGCUCAAGGUCAAGAAGGGCCUGGAGCUCCGCGUCGACUCGAGCAAGGCGCUCGCCGACUCGCUCGACACGUGCGUCGACCCGGAGAACCCCUUCUUCAACACGCUGGUGCGCAUCAUGGCGACGCGCUGCAUGAUGUCGGCCGAAUAUUUCUGCUCCGGCACCCAGACGUACGACGAGUUCCGCCACUACGGCCUCGCCUCGGAGAUCUACACGCACUUCACCUCCCCCAUCCGCCGCUACGCAGAUCUCCAGGCACACCGGCAGCUCGCCGCCGCCAUCGGGUACGAGGCCGUCCACCCGGCGGUCCGCUCCCGGGGCCGCCUCGAGGCCGUGUGCAAGAACAUCAACGUUCGCCACCGCAACGCGCAGCUCGCCGGCCGCGCGAGCAUUGCAUACUACGUCGGACAGGCCCUCAAGGGACGGGAGGCCGAGGAGGACGCGUUCGUCAUGAAGAUCUUCAGCAACGGCUUCGUCGUACUGGUGCCGCGUUUCGGCAUCGAGGGGCUCAUCCGGCUUCGAGACCUCGCGACGCCGGAGCCCGACAGCACGUUUGACGCAGACAAUUACGUGCUCGAGACGACGGGCAGCCGCGAGGUCAAGGUCGAGCUGUUCCAGAAGGUCAGGGUCAGGGUCCAGGAUGACAUGGAUGAGAGGACGGGCAAGCGGGGGGUCAAGAUGGAGCUUGUCACGGCAUAA